GAGAACGCGGGCCAGGCCCUCCUCCGCGCGUCCGGCGGAGGCUGGGUGGGCGUCCUCAGCGCGGGCCGGGGGCGCGGGCCCCGCCCCACCCCAGGACCCCGCCCCUGCGCCACGCCCCCGAGGCCCCACCCAGCCUCUCCGCUUCUGGCCUUCGGCCUCGGCAGCUGGAGGCUGCCGGCCGGCGAGGGCCGCGCGAUGUCGCACGGGCCCGGGCUCGUCCGCACCACGUGCAGCAGCGGCAGCGCCCCGGGAGCCGGGGCCGGCGCGGGGCCGCUGGGCGCGAGCUCUUCGGAGGGGCUGCUGGACCCCGUCUACCCCCGCACCCACGGAGCGCUGCUGAAAGUGGCCCAGAUGGUCUCGCUGCUGAUUGCCUUCAUCUGCGUGAGGAGCUCUCUGUGGACCAGCUACAGUGCCUACAGCUACUUUGAAGUGGUCACCAUUUGCAACUUGAUCAUGAUUCUCGCCUUUUACCUGGUCCACCUCUUCCGCCUGUACCGCGUGCUCACCUGUAUCAGCUGGCCCCUGUCGGAACUCCUGCACUAUUUAAUCGGUACCCUGCUUCUCCUAAUCGCGUCCAUCGUGGCAGCUUCCAAGAGUUACAACCAGAGCCGACUGGUGGCUGGAGCGAUCUUUGGCUUCCUGGCCACCUUCCUCUGCCUGGCGAGUGUGUGGCUGUCCUACAAGAUCUCGUGCGUGACCCAGUCAACAGGUAAAAUUACGGAGGAAGAGCCAAAACAAACAGCUGAAGAAGUUACAGUACCUCUGAGGAAGAGGCCUGGGGUGGAGAGGAGCAGGGAGAGGAAUCAUCGUUCCCACGGGAAGUGAUGCCGCCGUCUGAUGCCCUAACAGCCCGCCAGCCCUGUAGGAGGCGCUGCAGGACGUGUGACCCACGCUGAUGGAGGGGCUUGAGCCCGCGGCCGCAGGAGAGACCAGGGUUUGGGUCCCUGGGCCGGUGGGUGCGGGACGGGCCCUUCCUCCGGCUCCUGAGCGGGUCCAGCCUCUCUCGCCAGCCUUCUUCACUUCCUCAGAGAAUAUUCCUCCCCUUCCGGGAAAGAAAAGCAGCCUCCAGGGAAAUCUGAUCUCUCCCUCCUGCUUUAGAACAGCCUCAGGGACUGAUGCCCCCCUCCCCCCGUUAAGGUGAAGGGGUGGUGUUUGAAUACUCUGCCGAACCCUUCCCCUCUCCCCAGACCUCCAAGGGGCGUCUUGUGAAAACACAGCCACCUCCUAAUUUAUCUCGCUUGGAAAUCUGGUCUUGAAGGUACCCUCUUUCUUAAAGUGAGGCUUACGGGAACACCAUGCUGUCAGCCUGUCCCCAAAUAGGAGAUCUUGGCUCCCUUCCUGUUGUUACCAUUGUGUACGUGUUUAUGUGUUUUUAAAUAAAAUGUUGACUUGGCUAA